UCGGUAAACCUUUCAGGAUAACGGAGAGGUCUCACGGUUUCUGUCAGCUCCUAGGAUGCAUCUAUCGAUCAGCUCGUACCAAUAUGAUCCGCUGAUCGGCUGUGAUCGAUCAGGUGGCUUCUGCGCAGGCGCGGUUCGCCCCAAGCGAGCCUCCGGUUAGUUUUUAACAAGAAGAAGCAGUUUGGACAUUAUGAAGAAAUGUGAUGCACAGCAGCCGACUGGAAGUGUGUGUUUGGAGGAGAAAGUGCAGAUGAAACGCCUCCAUCAGCCGCAGGACGUCGUUCUGAAGCAAACCGCCGUAUCCCCUGCAGAUGCUCAGUCGGUGUUGGUCCAACAAGAUGCAGAACUGCUCCACAUAAAGGAGGAGCAGGAGGGGACUGAUAUCACCAGGUGUUCGUUCACUGCUGUUCCUACGAAGAGUGAUGAUGAACAGAAACGUCAGUCCUCACAGCAUCAUCAGAGUCAAACUGAAGACUACAGAGAGUCAGAACCUCCAACCAGCAGCUCAGCUAAACAGACGACGGUAGAAACUGAUGGAGAGGACUGUGGAGGACCUGAACCAGCCCAGAACUCUGAUCCAAAUACUCAUUCACAACCAAGUACUGAUGGAAAGGCUUUAGACUCUUUUGAGACGGAAGUUAGUGAUGAGGAAGAUGAGGAUGGUGUUGAGGAGGAGGAGGAUGAUGAGGAGGAUUGGCAGGAGACUUUUUCAGAUUUUGGACCUGAGAGUGACGACAGUGACAAUGACUGGAAGGAGACCAGGACACCUGAAGCAGGUGCAAAUAGUGAAUGUGACACUGAGAAAAAAUCCUUUACCUGCUCUGACUGUGGUAAACAGUUUCUCCACAAACGUUCUCUUCGGAGACACAUUCUCCAGUCUUCCAGCUGCUCACUUGAUAAUCAGUGUUUUGAAGUGAAGCAAAAUUCACAGGUGAAAGUCCACAAAGGAGAGAAACCAUUUGUUUGUAAUGUCUGCGAAAAAAGAUUCCGAAAUCAGUAUAAUCUUAAGAGACACACAAGGGUCCACACAGGAGAGAAACCAUUUGGUUGUGGUGUUUGUAGCAAAAGAUUCUCACAACCAGCAGAUCUGAAGAGACACACAAGAGUCCAUACAGGAGAAAAACCGUUUGGCUGUGAUAUUUGUGGUAAAAAAUUUAAUCAGAAGAUCCAUAUUAAGAGACACAUGAGAGUUCACACAGGAGAAAAGCCAUUUGGUUGUGAUAUUUGUGGCAAGAGAUUUAUGUGGAAGGUAUAUUUUAAGACUCACAUGAGAAUCCAUGCUGGAGAGAAACCAUUUGGUUGUAAUGUUUGUAGCAAAAGAUUUUCACAAUCCGGGGAUCUGGACAGACAUGUGAAAGUCCACACUGGAGAGAAACCAUUUGGAUGUGAUGUGUGCGGUAAAAGAUUUAACCAGAGGAUACAUCUUAAAAAACACAUGAGAGUCCAUACGGGAGAGAGGCCAUUUGGUUGUGAAGUUUGCAAUAAAAGAUUUUCACAAACAGGGGAUCUAAAGAGGCACCUAAGAGUCCACACAGGAGAGAAACCAUUUGGUUGUGAUGUAUGUGGGAAAAGGUUUACAGUACAGGAAAGUCUGAAGAGACACAUGGGAGUCCACACGAGAGAGAAACCAUUUGGCUGUGAUGUUUGUGGACAAAGAUUUAGCCAAAUUGCACAUCUUAACGCACACACGAGAGUCCAUACAGGAGAGAAACCAUUUGGUUGUGGUGUUUGUACUAAAAGAUUUUUACAACCAGGAGAUUUGAAGAAGCACAUGAUAGUCCACACAGGAGAGAAACCAUUUAGCUGUGAUGUCUGUGGACAAAGAUUUAAACGAAAUGCACAUCUCAAGACGCAUGCAAGAGUCCACACUGGAGAGAAACCGUAUGGUUGCAGUGUUUGUCGUAAAAGAUUUUCACAACCAGGUGAUCUGAAAAAACACAUGAGAGUCCACACAGGAGAGAAACCGUUUGGUUGUGACUUAUGUCACAAAGCAUUUUCCCGACAAGAAAGUCUGAAGAGACACAUGAGAGUCCAUGGAAGAGAGACAAUGUUUGAUUGUGGUGAUGGCUUUACAUCACAAGGAAAUCUAACGAGACAUGUGGAGGCUGUUGCUCUGUCACUUAACUUCCUACCAGCCCCGUCUGAACCUGGAGAAAAUCAAGAGACUGAACCUGUUAGUGCCUGUCAGCUACAGGACGCUGUUGUCAACCAAAAUGCUGUGUCCCCUGCAGAUGUCCAGCAGGUGUCAGUGAUUAAAGAAGAGCUUCCCUAUGAAUGGAGCCCCUGUCUGGACCAGCAGGACCCAGAGCCCCUCCACAUUAAAGAGGAACAGGACGAGGUCGACGACAUAAAGGAGGAACAAGAGGAGGUCGACGACAUAAAGGAGGAACAGGAAGAACAGCAUGGAGAGCAGCUUAAUGGGCAGGAUGAGACUGAUAUCACCCGGUUCCCCUUCACCACUGUUCUUGUGAAGAGUGAAGAUGAUGAUGAUGACCAGCUUCAUCAGAUCCCAACGGAAGACAACAGAGAGGCAGAACCUGCAACCAGCAGCCCAGCUGAACAGAUGAAAACAGAAAGUGAUGAAGAGGACUGUGAAGAACCACAACCAGCCAGGAACCGAGAUCCAAAUACUCAUUUAGAACCAAAUGCUGAUGAAAAGGCCUCAGAGUCUUCUGUGACUGAAGUCAGUGAUGAGGAUGGUGAUGAUUAUGAGGAGGAGGAUGAGUGGCAGGAACCUCUGUCUAAUACUGGACCUGGAACCAGGGUACCUGAGUUAGGUGUAAAUACUGAUGUGGAAUGUGACACUGACAAAAAAAUCUUUAGCUGCUCUGAGUGUGAUAAACAAUUUUGCUACAAGCAGUCUCUUCAAAGACACAUGAAAUUUCAUUCAGGCAAAAGCUCAUCCAGCUGUUUGGUUAAUAAUAAGAAAUGCUUUAGAGUAAAGCUAAAUAUACACUCACAAAUGAGAGUCACAGGAGAGAAACCAUUUGGUUGUGAUGUCUGUGAAAAAAGAUUUAGGAGUCAGUAUAAUCUUAAUAGACACACAAGAGUCCACACAGGAGAGAAACCAUUCGGUUGUGAUGUUUGCAGCAAAAAAUUUUCACAACCAGGAGAUCUGGAGAGACACACAAAAGUCCACACAGGAGAGCGACCAUUUGUCUGUGAUGUUUGUUGUAAAACAUUUAGCCAGAAGAUACAUCUUAAUAAACACAUGAGAGUUCACACAAGAGAGAAGCCCUUUGGUUGUGGUGUUUGUAGUAAAAGAUUUUUACAGCCAGAAAAUCUGAAGAAGCACAUGAGAGUGCACACAGCAGAGAAACCAUUCGGCUGUGAUGUUUGCGGGCAAAGAUAUAAACGGAAUGCGCAUCUUAAGUCACACUCAAGAGUCCAUACAGGAGAGAAACCGUUUGGUUGUGGCGUUUGUAGUAAACGAUUUUCACAACUUGGGGAUCUGAAGAAACACCUAAGAGUCCACACAGGAGAGAAGCCGUUUGGCUGUGAUGGAUGUGGGAAAAAGUUUUCACGGAAAGAAAGCCUGAAAAGACACAGGACAGUACAUUUAGGAGAGACAAUGUUUGACUGUGGUGAAAGAUUUACAUCUCAACAAGCUUUGAGGAGAUAUGAUGGGACUGUUGCUCUGUCACUUAAAAUGUCACCAGCUCCAAGUAAACCAGACGAAGAGCAGGAUACUGAGUGUCUUGGUGCCCUUCAGGACCAUCACACCAUUAUCAACCAAAACGCUGUGUUGCCUGCAGAUGUCCUGCCAGUGUUGGUGAUUAAAGAAGAAGUUCCCCAUGAAUGGAGCUCCAGUCUGGACCAGCAGGACCAGGAACUUGUCUGCAUAAAGGAGGAACAGGAGGAACUGUGGACUACUCAGCAGGAAGAAAUGCUUAAUGGGCAGAAGGAGACUGAUAUCAUAAACUUCUCAUUCACUGCUGCUCCUAUAAAAAGUAAAGAUGGAGAGAAACCUCAUUGCUCACAGCUUCAUCAAAACCAAACUGAAAACUAUAGAGAGGCAGAGCCUCCAACCAGCAGCUCAGCUAAACAGAUGACAACAGGAAGUGAUGGAGAGGACUGUGGAGGACCAGAAACAGUCAGGAAUCUAGUGCCAAAUGGUCAAUCACAACCCAGCACUGAGGAAAAGGGUUCCGACACUUUUGAAGUCAGUGAUGAGGAUGGUGAGGACGACGUUGAGGAGGAGGAUGGGGAUUGGCAGGAACCUUUGUCAGAAUCUGGUCCUGACAGUGAAGACAGUGGUAAUAGUUUGAAGGAAACCACAGUACCUGAAUCAGGUGUAAAUAGUGACGGUGGAUGGGACACUGAGAAAAAAACUUUUAGCUGCUCUGGAUGUGGUAAACAAUUUCUCUACAAGGAAUCUCUUCAGAAACACAGUGCAUGUCAUUCAGGAAAAAACUCUUCCAGCUGUUUUAUAGUGGAAGAAAACAUAGAUUCACAAAUUAGAGUCCAGAAAGAAGAGAAGCCUUUUAGCUGUGAUAUUUGUGGUAAAAGACUUAAGCAUCAGCAUAGUCUUAAGACACACAUGACAGUUCACACAGGUGAAAAACCAUUUGGUUGUGAUGUUUGUGGCCAAAGAUUUUCCCGGAACACAUACCUUGAAACACACAUGAGUGUUCACACAGGAGAGAAACCAUUUAGUUGUAACGUUUGUGAAAAAAGAUUCAGAAAUCAGUAUUAUCUUAAUAGACACACAAGCGUCCAUGUCGGAGAGAAAGAGAAACCAUUCAAUUGUAGUGUUUGUGGUAAAAGAUUUAUGGGGAAGACAAGCUUUAAGACUCACAUGAGAAUCCACACUGGAGAAAAGCCAUUUGAUUGUGGUUUUUGUGGUAAAAGAUUUAACCAGAAGAUACAUCUUAAGAAACACAUCAGAAUUCACACUGGAGAGAGACCAUUUGGUUGUGAUAUUUGUGGACAAAGAUUUAACAGAAAUGCACAUCUCAAGACACACAUUCGAGUCCAUACAGGAGAAAAACCAUAUAGUUGUGGUAUCUGUAGCAAAAGAUUUUCACAACCAGGGGAUCUAAAUAGACACACAAAACUUCACACAGGAGACAAACCAUUUGGCUGUAGUGUUUGUAGCAAAAGAUUUUCACAACCAGGGGAUCUAAAGAGACACACAAAACUUCACACAGGAGAGAAUCCAUUUAAUUGCAGUGUUUGUGGUAAGAGAUUUUUGGGAAAGACACAUUUUAAAAAUCACAUGAGAAUCCAUACCGGAGAGAAACCAUUUGGUUGUGGUGUUUGUGGUAAAAGUUUUUCACAACCAGGGGAUCUAAAGAGACAUGCAAGAAUCCAUACAGGAGAGAAACCAUUUAGUUGUGAUGUUUGUGGCGAAAGAUUUAGCCUAGAGGGAAAUCUAAGGAGACACAUGAGACUCCACGCAGGAGAGGACUUAUUUGGGUUUCGUGAAAAUUUUACGUCACAGGGAAAUCUGGAUGGACACGUAGAAGCUGUUGGUCUGUCACUUAACAUUCCUCUAGCUCCAGUUAAACCAGAAGUCACCACAGGGGUUUAGCAGCUAGCUGAGUCCUAAACGUACCUGAUUACAGCAUGAAAACAAGCACAACUUUAUCAAAUUUGCAGCUAAAUCAGCUGUUUGAGUCAACCUACAUAGAGAAUCUCACCAUCUAGUGUGCUGGGUGUAGGUGAAACUCACUUCCCAGCAUGCACUGAAGCAGAAAAUAUUUCUUGUUAUUAUUGUAUUAAACUGUCACUGUUGUUAUUGUAACUUGCAAUGUGUUCUGCAAUCUUUCCACAGCUCUUCACAUUUUGCAUGCUCUUGCACAGUUAAUCACUGCAAGUGAUUGAUUACACCGCCAGUGUUACAUGUGCAGUUAUUAAGACUCAUUGACAGUUAUGUGAUGACUUAAUGCAAGACUAAUAUUUAAUUUCAUUACAUCAAUAAAUCACAUCAAGUGAGAAAUCA